GGGCCGCCAUGGCGGCGGGGCAGCUGGGCAUGCCCGAGCCGGCUGCGGCUCGCCCCGCCCGGCGGCAGGGCCCGGCGGGGCCGCGCAGCGUUCGGCGGCGGGAGGCAGGGCUGCAUUCCAUGAUGUUGAGAGGAGUCACUCAUGGUGCAAGAGAUACAUUUACACUCCUGUUGGCAAGAUCUCAGUACUGUAACCCUGGAUUGAAAUUUUUGUCCUUACGGACUGAAGUAAGGAACAGAAGCUUCUUAAUACAUUCCACAUAUACAACCGAUACAAAAUCGAGAGAGGAAAAUAAAAAGACCAUUGAGAGCCUCUACAGAUUGUCGGUCGACGUUAAGAAAAUACGCAGACUGAAGGAAUGGGUCCUUCUCCAGGAGGUGGCCUACAUUCAAGAAGUUGCUAGCAUCUUACAAGAAAUGGGAGCAGAUGAGACCGCUGUAGCCAGUAUUUUAGAACGUUGCCCAGAGGCAAUUCUCCGUAGUCCUGCAGAGAUAAACGCUCAAAGAGCUCUAUGGCAAUUAGUAUGCCAGAAUGAAAAACAGUUGAUUAAAUUAAUAGAGCAGUUUCCAGAGUCUUUUUUUACUACUGGGCAUCAUGAGAACCAGAAAGCAAAUAUUCUGUUCUUUCAAGAGCUAGGACUUAAGAAUAAUAUAAUCACCAGGUUCUUAACAAGCGCACCCAAUAUUUUCUACAAUCCUGUUGAAAAAAAUAAAAAGGUGAUAGAGACGUUACAGAGAAAUUAUUUAAAUUUAGGAGGUUCUGAUGCCAAUAUGAAGGUCUGGAUACUGAAGUUACUGAGCCAGAAUCCAUUUAUUUUAUUAAAUACCUCCACCGCAAUCCAGGAGAACUUGGAGUUUCUCCAGAAGAGUGAUUUCAGUGACCACGAAGUACUACAGCUGCUGUCUAAACUUAAAGGUUUUAUUUUUCAGCUUACUCCGACUACUAUGCAGAAGAGCAUGCUUUUUUCCAAAAACGUCUUUAAGUGCAGCGAUCAAGAAUUAAAAGAACUAGUGCUGAAAUGCCCGGCCCUUCUCUACUAUUCUGUUCCAAUUCUGGAAGAAAGACUCGGAGGACUGCUGAAGGAAGGAAUUUCUAUCGCGCAGAUUAGAGACACACCGAUGGUGCUGGAGUUGACAACACAAAUUGUUCAGUACAGAAUUAAAAAACUCUCUGCUUUGGGAUAUAAUAUAAAGAGUGGAAGUCUAGAAAGCUUAAAUGGCACUAAGAAAGAUUUUGAAGUCAAUUAUGGCAAGAUACAGUCAAAGAAGGAGAGACCAAUAUUUAAUCCUGUUGCUCCUCUAAACACUCAAGACUAAUUUGAAUGCUGUAUUUUAAGUUAUGCAAAAGAAAACGAUCAAAGAUGUCUCGGUUCUCUGAUAAGAGCUGAAACAAAAGUCACCUUCACCAGAUUGUAGUCCUAGCUGUGCUUUGUCCAGGUGUGGGUUUUAUAUGUGCAACUUCAUUAUCCAGUUGUAGCCUUCUAAUGCUUCCAGGUAGUACCGUAGAAUCUGGCUAUGAGAAAGGUUGAUUCAUCAUGUACAUAAAGACUUGUUUAUCCCCCAGGGAGCAUCUCACGUGGCUUUUUGGUUCUGUUACAUUUCCUCAUCUAGACUGGCCGCUAGUGUCUUUGGCUUUUCAGUGCCUUCACUGCACACUCCAGCCUGUGGUAGCUCAUAGCAUAAUCCGUACCAGAGAAAGAAAAGAAGGAGGGUUAUUUUUCCAGUAGUAUUCACCCACCCACUGGUCCACUGACUUUUGGAGAUGCUUUUUGAGUUCCUUUCCUUACUGCUGCAGGAAGUGGCUCUAGUUUGUAGAUCUGAACUGAAGCAGGCAGCUUCUUGGCUGGCAGGACCAAGCUGGAGCACAGUCAGAGAAUGGGGGCAGAACACAGGUUUUUGUUUAGCAACUGCUGCAGUGAGGCCCUGCUAUGUUCAUUUACAAACCAUAACACAAAGGAACUACAAGACAACCUCCUUGAAAUUUCCGAGACUUCAAAACCGACUACUUUUACAAAAGGAUUGGGAGCACAAGGAAAUACAUUUAUUGCUAUUAUAUGGUAGUUCAUUUCUUCUUUGCUAGCAAGGCAUGGGGAGAGAAGAGGCUAGGGAGAAACUCACAAGGGCCCCAAACAAUUGGGGAAAGGAAGAAGCCCCACUGUUACAUGGGUGUAUCAACAAAACUCCAGCACAAAACUCCAGCCUGUAAACUACUGGUGAUUAAAAAUGACCAUCAGCUUUGCAAACAGCUGCCACAGUUUCUAAAUAUAUGGGUGACAACUUCUCAGAUAUCACUGUACAGAUAUCACUGUAUGAUAAUUGUUGAGUGCUGGCUUUUAAAAUAGUACCUAUCCGACAGCAUUUAAGUUCUUAGGGGAUUUUUAUUUAUUUUCAUGUGUGGUCUGUGAAUAAUAGUAUGAAAUAGUAGCCCCAUUAAAGAUCCUCUCAGUAGAAUUAGAGUCAGUGAUUUUAUGUCUCAAAAAAACAAGCCACCACCAAAAUACCCCACAAGCUUUCCUAAGCAGCUAUUCCAUACACGCUCCACCUUGACAGCAGGGCGUAAAUCAGGCACACACCCCCCUGGGCCAUUCUCCAAGGUCAUUUUUUAGCAGGCAUUUUAGCAGCACGGCCGGGGCGUUCCUUUCUCGAAGAGGAGUUUUAAAUUACAGAGGAAAGCUGGUAUUGAGUUACUUAUUUGGAGGGUGGGCUGCACAAGACGCUGAUUUCAUACAGCCGCGAGCUCGGCAAGGGCUGGAAACAUCUGGCUGGAGCCGAGCCAGGACGGCAGCAGCUGAAGGUGCGAGUGGAGCCAUGGAGGUGAGCACCCCUCUGGUGGGAGCACGCAUGACCGGCGAGAAUUCAAGUGACGCUGUUGGCAGCAUGGUAAGAGCUCGGCUGUCUUACUGAGCCACUUCUCUGCUGACUCUUCCAAAAGAGUUUUGUAAGUUCCUUUUAUAAGGUUCGUUUUAUAAGAGGAAGCUGGGAGGACUGCCGUAUUAAAAUUCACGGUCACUAGCCUUUGUCACAUUAGGACUGUAAAAGUUGAGCACCGAAGGACAAAGAGCACACCAUUUGAAGUCAAAAGCCUCCUUCCCCUCAGAUACAAGGGGGCAUUUCAGCACUCUGAAGGCAUUCGUAAUGCAAUCUACUGUAAUGAUGAACCCCAGAAAUGAUCAGUGAUUUAGGGAUGAGAAGGAGACCAAGACAUAAGAGAAUGUUUUCCAUAAAAACAGUCUCAGCAUUUCCACAGGUAUCUGUUUGUAAAAUCCCUGCUACAGCUUAUUCCCAUCACUUAAAGUACUUCCAGUGGCAGUGGAGAAAACAGGAAAGUGACAUAUUUCCUUAACAGAGCCACAGCCUGAGUUAUCCCAAGCUCAUUUUCCCUUCUGAAUGUUUCAAUUCCCCCGCCCUUCCCCUUUCAAAACAAAAGCAUGAAGAGAAAGACUGUUUCCAUACUAGCAGACCCAAAUUCAUUCAAUCCUUCAUUCAUAACUCUUUGUCUCUUCCCAGAUACAUUUAUAAUGAAACCUCUGGUAAGUCCCAGUUACCAAAACAUUUUCUUAGAGACUACUACAGCACUGAAAUCCUCUUCCUAACCUCUUGCUGUUACAGUGAAUAUGAAUUGUUUAUACUGUUUAAUAUUUGCACAUAGAAGUCCACAGCCCAGCCUUUCUCUAUAGAAUGAGCAGUCAGGCAUACGAGUUGUCUUCAUAAACAUUUUCCUGGCCCCCCAUUUCGAAAGGGGAAAUAAGUUUGUUUUUUUUUUUAAAUAAGGUUCCAUAUUCCAUUCAACUCCCUAUGAUCUCAAAAGUGGGUAUCCCCAACCUUUAGUUCCCAAGAGAAAAACAGACAAACAAACAAACAAGCAGUGAAGAGGAUUUUGUGUUGUGUCUAUGCGCAGACACCACCGCAGCAAAGUGAGGUUUUUGCUAAGAGCUGCUCAGUACUAUGUAGAUCCAGGUUCCCUAGGC